GACGCGCUGUGCGAAGGCCUCGCGGCCGCCGGGUUCCACGUCCCUUCCCCCGUGCAGCGCGCGGCGAUCCCCCUCGGCCGCCUCGGCGCGGACCUCGUCGUCCAAGCCAAGUCCGGCACGGGCAAGACGGUCGCGUUCGCCGCCAUCCUCCUCGAGCGCGUCGACCGCGCGCUCAGGCACCCGCAGGCUGUCGUCGUCGCGCCCACGCGCGAGGUGGCGCUGCAGUCGCACGACGUCGUCGCGUCGCUCGCGAAUUCGCUCGCGCCGCCGUCGCUGUCGCUCCGCGCGUGCCUCGGCGGCCUCCCCGUCGCGAGCGAUCGCGCGGCGCUCGUUCGAGGCGCGCAGCUGUGCGUGGGCACGCCGGGCCGCCUCCGUCAGCUCCUCGAGGAGGGGUCGAUUCACCCGGACGGCGUGCGAUGCGUCGUGAUCGACGAGGCGGACGCGCUCAUGGGCGGGUCGUUCGAGGCGGACGUGCUGUUCAUACACGGCGUGCUGCCCGCGCGGAAGCAGACGAUGGCGUUCAGCGCGACGUACCCGACGGAGAUGCGCGCGAGGGUGCGAGAGUUGACGCGGCGGGACGUGCACGAGGUGGCCUUGCGGGCGGUGCGGCAGUUUUAUUUCCUCGUCGACGACGACGACGACGACGACGACGACGACGACGACGACGACGACGACGUGUCGUUCCACCAGGCGGUGGUCUUCGCGCGACGCCCCGCGUGGGGAAGCGCGGUCGCCGAGCGGCUCGUCGCCGCGGGGUUCGCCGCGGAGUUCAUCGGCGGCGCGCUGCCGCAACGGCGACGCAUGGACGUCGUCGCCGCGAUGCGCGCGUUCGACGCGCGCGUGAUGGUCUCCACGGAUCUCACCGCGCGCGGCGUCGACCUCGCGCGCGUGAACCUCGUCGUUUGUCUGGAUAUCCCGCGCGACCGAGAGACGUACUUGCACCGCGUCGGACGCGCGGGGCGAUUCGGCGCGCGCGGCGUCGCCGUCGCCGUCGUCACCGCGCGGGAGUUGAAAGCGCUGCGGGCGCUU